UAGCUGCUUUCAUGGCUACUAUCGGCUACCAUGUUCGGAUGCCACGAAGAAGAAGUUUCUCGCAGGGCGUGGUGGGAUAGGAGUCUCCUCACUGGAGGACUGAGAACAGUGCCCCAGCUGGCUGGCUAGCAGCAGAAAAGAUGGCUGCAGAGGGGAUUCUCAGGCCAGUGUCUGAAAAAAGAGCACCGUUGGUCAUGUUCAACGACGAAUAGCCAGCGUGUCACCCCGGUUGUUCCGUUGGUCGGUUCCGCUCGGAUUCGUCGGAGGGGAAAAAACAACAUGGGGUCGCAGACUCUACAGAUCCUGAGGCAGGGGGUCUGGGCUUCAGUCACAGGCGGAUGGUACUACGACCCCGAUCAAAAUACAUUCGUCAACGCUUUACAUCUCUACAUCUGGCUGUUUCUGCUAUGUUUCCCCUUCACACUGUACAUGGCCCUGCAACCUACCAUGGCGAUAGUGGGAAUCUACUGUGGUGUUAUUGCGGCCAUGUUCCUGCUGCUGAAGAUAGUGAAUUACCGCCUCCACCAUGCCCUGGAUGAGGGGGAGGUGGUGGAGCGCCAGGCCAAGGAUAGUCAGGGCGGCAGAGGUGGUACCGAGGGGGCUAACGAUGGCGGGGUCACCCGUCGGGAAGACAGCAAUGGCCCGGGGGACCCUGGAGGGGGUAUUGAGAUGGCAGACUUCAUUAGGCAAGAGACUCCACCAGUGGACUGCAGCUCCAGGAACUCCUAUAUUGGGUUGGAGUCCAACCAGCAGAUUGCAACCAGCCACGGAAGAGCAACAGUAUCCAAAGGAGAUGUGGGAAAGACUUCAGAUGACAUCAGUUUGACUCUUGUCGAGAGCUGCAGCCACGAUCAUGAUCUGCUAUCAGACGCAAAGAUGUACUGCCUUGUUCCGAAUGACUCCUUCGCGUCCUUGCAGCCGUCGACAUCCUUGUGUCCUUCCGAACUAUCCAGGGAGACCGCUGAUCUCUGUACAUCUGCUGCUUAUCACUUCGGCCUGUCACACUCCUCCUGUGACACAGAGGUGACCUCUCACGCAUCCAUGCAAUCUCAGACCUAUAGGAAGGAGCUCCGUUCCAGGGGCCUGCCUCGGACCUCUAGCUCGGCGGGUUCCGCUUUCCCUGACCCGUGUCUGCCGGACUUUGCCCUGUACCCUCCGCCCAGGAGAGGUGGCCUUGACCCUGUGUGCGAGCUGGAGACUGCCAGACCACACAGGCCAGGGAUGUGUGUCAGAGAGGGGGCCAAGCGGCUGUACCAGCAGGACCAAGCUGUGCCCUCCACCUCGGGAAUAGAGUGUUAUAGACACAAAGAACCACGCAGGGUAGCUCGCUCUGCCUCCAGGGAGGCAGGGGAGGGUAGCUCGGGACUGUACCAAGUGGACGUAGGUGGUGGUGGGAAAGGCUGCAGCGGAGGAGGAAAGUCCCAGGGAGGGGAGCGCAGUGCUGAUAGCCUGAGGAGCUUGAGUACUCGCAGCAGUGGCUCCACUGAGAGCUACUGCAGCGGCACAGACAGGGACACCAACAGCACCGUCAGCAGCUUUCACAGUGAACAGACGAGUUCCACACACGUGGAGAGUCUGCUCUCACUUUCAGGGGAUGAGCGUGUACGGGACAGAGGAGACGCCGUAUCUGCGCCCGUAGAUGGCAGGACUUCUAGCCUCGGCAGUGUUAGCUCCCGAGGUCUCAGUAACCUCCCCUCCAGGGAGGCCAAUAAAAACCCUCAUGCCAAUGAGCUGACUGCUAAACAACCUGCUGACACACCGUCCUCUGCCACCCAAGAGCUGGUAGAACCUGGCAGGUGCCAGGAAGAGCCUGGCGUCAGGACCAGUGCUGACGGCUCAACGGGGGUAGCUGUCAGCGGGCAGGAGCAGGUGGAAGAGGAUAGUCAACCAAAGUCAGCCAACAUUGUUCAGAGGACUUCCUCCCUGUCAACACAGCGCAGUGGGCGCCGGCGGACUGGCAAAAAAAGGGCAAGCAGCUUUGACGCCAGCCGCCACCGGGACUACAUGUCUUUGCGCGGCAUGGCCAAGCCUUGUAGCGCUGUGUUUACUGGUGGUGGAGAGGAGGACUCCAGCGAUCAGAGUGAACUCAGUUGUGCCUCCAGUCUUCACUCCACCCACCACCUAAGCACAGACAGCUCAUCUAGCACCACUUCCCGCUCCUGCCACUCACCAGAGGGCUGCUACAGGGCCCUGAAAGCCAAGCACACUGCAGCCAGUGCAGCCUCUUCCACAGUCAAAGCGGCUGCAGGAUCAGAGGCAGGAGUGCGCACCGAAGGAAAGCGGCGCAGCUCCCGCCGUACCCCCAGCACAGGCAGUGCCAAAACACACGCCAGAGUGUUGAGUUUGGACAGUGGUACGGCUGCCUGCCUUAAUGAUCCCAGCCGCCUAGGAGCUCCAGCUGGGCCCCGGCCCCUUACCACCUCCAAGUCAGACCUGGAAGCCAAAGAAGGGGAAGUCCUGGAUGCGGCGUCCCUGCUAGGUCGGGCCUCCCAGCUUGAGUCAGUGACGCGGUCCAGAAACAGUCUGCCCAAUCAGGCAGCUUUCACUGAGCCUCAGGAUGCCACUGCUGCUUCCCUGCGGGCCCCAGGGAGCGAGGAGACGGUCAUAUUUCGCCGUGAACGUAGCACGUUUCGUCGGCAGGCUGUGCGGCGGCGACACAACGCAGGGAGUAACCCCACCCCACCCACCUCUCUCAUUGGAUCUCCUCUCAGUCUUCAGGAGGCUCUCAGCCAGGCCUCCCAGCCUUCUACUUCCCAGGUGAAAAGUCAGCCAUCCAGAACCCCGUCCCAGGUGACCGUGCUGAGCGCAAGCGCCUCCCUGCUGGCCAGGAAUGGAAGCACACACCUGGAGGGUUCUCAGGACAAGGCCUCAACGGUUGGCGCUACCAGCUUGCAGGACGACUUCGGAAAGAUCACGCCCUCCUUGUACGAGGCUGGCGGCUGUGACAUGUCCCUGGUCAAUUUUGAACCCGCAACCAGACGAGCCUCCAAUAACAUAUGGGACACUGACUCCCACCUCUCCAGUUCUACCUCAGUUCGCUUCUACCCUCAUGACCUGAUCUCCCUCCCUCAGAUCCGUCUGAACCGUCUGCUGACGAUGGACCCAGAGCUGCUGGAGCAGCAGGACGGAGAUCUGAGCCCAGAGCUCCAGGAUGCUCCGCUGGGACACGAGGACCCCACAGCCACCGCUGCUGCCGGCAAGGCCCGGCAGUACUACCGCUUGUGGCUUCUGCCCUUCCUGUGGGUCGGCCUGCACUUUGACCGGCUCACCCUGUUGGCACUGUUUGACAGGAACCGUGAGGUUUUAGAGAACGUGCUGGCCGUAGUGCUAGCUGUCCUGGUGGCCUUCCUGGGUUCAGUGAUGCUGGUCCACGGCUUCUUCACUGACAUAUGGGUCUUUCAGUUCUGCCUCGUCAUUGCAAGUUGUCAGUAUUCCUUACUGAAGAGUGUUCAGCCAGACUCCUCUUCCCCUCGACAUGGCCAUAAUCGUAUCAUAGCAUACAGCCGGCCUGUCUACUUCUGCCUGUGCUGUGGCCUCAUUUGGCUGCUCCACUACGGCAGCCUGAGGACCACUUCAUCCCGCUUCACCCUCUAUGGAGUCGCACCCACCAGCUCCCUGGUCCUCGCCUCUGCCAGGGACCUUGUCAUCGUCUUCACCCUGUGUUUUCCCAUCAUCUUCUUUGUGGGACUUCUUCCGCAAGUCAACACAUUCGUCAUGUACAUCUUUGAGCAGCUGGACAUUCAUGUGUUCGGGGGCAAUGCCUCCACAAGCCUUCUGUCAGCGCUGUACAGCAUCCUGCGCAGCAUCAUCACCGUCGCUCUGCUUUAUGGCUUCUGCUACGGAGCUCUGAAGGAGACCUGGGAGCCUCAUCACAUCCCGGUGUUAUUUUCUGUGUUCUGCGGCCUCUUGGUGGCAGUGUCUUACCACCUGAGCCGGCAAAGCGGCGACCCGUCUGUCCUAAUCUCACUGAUACAGUCCAAGAUUGUCCCCAAUAUAAAAGACAAGAACCCAGAGGACCCUCUGUCAGAAGUACAGGACCCUCUACCUGAGAAGCUCAGGGCCUCAGUGAAUGAGCGUCUGCAGUCUGACCUGAUCGUCUGUGUGGUCAUUGCAGUCCUUUACUUCGCCAUCCAUGUCAGCACAGUCUUUAUUGCACUGCAGCCUUUCCUCAGUUAUGUCCUGUAUGCACUGUUGGGGACGGUGGGGUUGCUCACUCACUACCUGCUGCCUCAAGUUCGCAAGCAGCUGCCCUGGUACUGCUUCUCUCACCCUCUGCUCAAAACUAAGGAGUACUAUCAGUUUGAAGUCAGGGACGCCGCUCACGUGAUGUGGUUCGAAAAGCUUCACGUGUGGCUGCUGUUUGUGGAGAAGAACGUCCUUUAUCCACUCGUCAUCCUCAAUGAGCUGAGUGGCAGCGCCAGAGAGCUCGCCAGUCCAAAGAGACUCGACACGGAGGUGGGCGCCCUGAUGAUCACAGUGGCAGGCCUGAAGCUGCUGCGGUCCUCCUACAGCAGCCCCACCUACCAGUAUGUGACAAUCCUCUUCACCGUCCUCUUCUUCACCUUCGACUACCGCCAUCUGUCCGAGACGCUGCUGCUCGACCUCUUCCUCAUGUCCAUCGUUUUCAGCAAGGCUUAUAAAAACCAUUUAAACUCCAUCUUCUACGAGCACCUUACCCGCUCCCUGCAGCACAGCCUGUGUGGAGACCUCCUCCUGGGCCGAUGGGGCAACUUCAGCACUGGGGAUUGCUUCAUCCUGGCCUCCGACUACCUGAACGCUCUGGUGCAUCUUAUCGAGAUCGGCAACGGCCUGGUCACCUUUCAGCUCCGAGGGCUGGAGUUCAGAGGAACGUACUGCCAGCAGAGGGAAGUGGAGGCCAUUACUGAGGGGGUGGAGGAAGACGAGGGCUGCUGUUGCUGCGAGCCGGGCCACUUCCCUCACAUCCUGUCCUUUAAUGCUGCCUUUGGACAGCGCUGGCUGGCCUGGGAGGUGCUGGUCACCAAGUACGUGCUGGAGGGCUACAGCAUCACUGAUAACAGCGCCGCCUCCAUGCUGCAGGUGUUCGAUCUACGACGCAUCCUGACCACCUACUAUGUCAAGGGUAUCAUCUACUAUGUGAUCGCUUCCCCCAAACUGGAAGAGUGGCUGGCUAAUGAGACCAUGAAAGACGGCCUGCGGGGAUGUGGAGAGAGGAACUACGUCGACCUGGAUCCCACCUUCAAUCCCAACAUCGACGAGGACUAUGACCAUCGACUCGCAGGCAUCUCCAGGGACAGUUUCUGCGGAGUCUACCUUGGCUGGAUCCAGUACUGCAACUCCCGGAGGGCCAAGCCGCUGGACAGCGAGAAAGACUCGUCUCUGGUGCUGCUCUGCCUCGGCCUGUGUGUGCUGGGAAGGAGAGCUCUGGGAACAGCUGCCCAUCAUAUGUCCAGCAAUCUGGAGUCUUUCCUUUACGGACUUCAUGCAUUAUUUAAGGGAGAUUUCCGCAUCUCUUCAGUGCGAGACGAGUGGAUCUUCGCAGACAUGGAACUGCUCAGGAAAGUUGUGGUGCCUGGAAUCCGAAUGUCUCUCAAAUUACACCAGGACCACUUCACGUCCCCGGAUGAGUACGACGAGCCGGCGGUGCUUUUCGAGGCCAUCUCCUCCCACCAGCAGAACCUGGUCAUCGCCCACGAGGGCGACCCAGCGUGGAGGAGCGCCGUGCUGUCCAACUCCCCGUCUCUCCUCGCCCUGCGCCACGUCCUCGACGAGGGCACCAACGAGUACAAAAUCAUUAUGCUCAAUCGACGAUACCUCAGCUUCCGUGUCAUCAAGGUGAACAAAGAAUGUGUCCGAGGCCUUUGGGCAGGGCAGCAGCAGGAGUUGGUGUUCCUGAGGAACCGAAACCCGGAGCGCGGGAGCAUUCAGAACGCCAAGCAGGCUCUGCGAAACAUGAUCAAUUCUUCUUGUGACCAGCCCAUCGGAUAUCCCAUCUAUGUGUCUCCGUUGACCACCUCGUACUGCAACACACACCCCCAGCUCGGACACAUCCUGGGAGGACCUAUCAGCAUCGGGAACAUCCGAAACUUUGUUGUCAGCACCUGGCACAGAUUACGGAAAGGCUGUGGCGCUGGCUGUAACAGUGGAGGGAAUAUUGAGGAUUCAGAUGCAGGGGGGUUGUCCAGUGGCAGUGGGAAUGGGACGGGGGGUGACUCUCAGCAGAGCUCAAUGUCGCAGGGUGGGACCUCCGGACCUGCCCCGUCUCACACGUACCAGCCGCACACUCUGGGCACCAGUCAGAGCUCCCAGUCUGUUCAGUCGGGUUUGGUACGCCACUCUCCUGCUCGAGCCUCUGUUGCUAGUCAAUCAUCCUCCUACCGCUACAGCAGCAGCCGCCACUCCUCCCUGCGCACCUCCACCACCGGCCUGGAGCCCUGCCGACGCUCCUCCACCAGCCAGCUGUCUCUGCGCACGCUCCCCACCUCCCUGCAGCUCCGGCUGGGCUCCACGUCUGACCCCGCCUGCCCCUCCGCCUCCCUCUCCAGCCACAGCAUCCCUCCCUGCAAGCGGCACACGCUGGUGGGCCUCCUGGGCAACGACGGCAUGUGCAGCACCGUGACCGAUCCCCUCAGCCAGCAUCAUCACCAUCACCACCACCCGCAACAACACAACCCCACCGUCUCCACCGUGCGCAGAGACGACAUCUCCUACAGAGUGCAGGUUGCCGACGUCGGUCAGGUGCUGGAGAACAUUAACUUAUCGAAGCGGAAGGAGCUGCAGUGGCCUGACGAGACCAUGAGACUGAGGGCAGGACGGACCUGCUGGAGGGACUGGAGCCCCUUAGAGGGCAUGGAAGGACAUGUGAUUCACCGGUGGGUGCCUUGUAGCCGAGACCCAGCCAAUCGCUCCCAUAUCGACAAGACCAUCCUGCUGGUACAGGUGGAAGAUAAGCUAGUGCCCAUUUUUGAGACUGGGGUCAUUGAGUUGGGUGCCGAGGUUUGACACGUGCAAACACACACAAACACACACUUGCUCGUGUGAAGACGAAGCCAGACCUCCCUGGCUUUCAGCAGGACGCAGGAGCCUGCAGACAAACAGGAAAGGGGAGCUCUCCCCGCUCCCUCGUUCCUUAUCGCUGAGGGGAAGGAAGCCAGGGAAAAGUGCAAGCAGAUUCAUCCUUUACUGCAUCGACACACACAUCCACAGUAUCUGCCUUGCUUUGCGUCUCAGAAAUGCUGCAUGACAGUUAAACAACCCUUAAGUUAAUUUAGUUCUUGCUCCUGGUAAUUCAUUUCUAUGCAUUAAAUCAACUAUUUUGUCGGCAAUUCUGACAGAGCUGAGUGUAAAGAGCAUGUGGAGAUUAAGUGUGUUUUUCUUUGUCUUUAAGUCAUUUGCCAAAAUAAGCCUGGUAUUGAAUAUCUGCCAAGGUUUCACACUUCUUUUUUUUGUCUGCUGCCAAGAGUACAGAGAAAGUGGUGGUGCAGAACCGGUGGAAGUCCGAGACUUUAUGUUGCUGCGCUCGACACACUCCUCUGUUUCAUUGUUGUCAUUCCGUUUGGAUUAGUUUGAAAUUUGCAAGAUUACUUUGCGCAAAGGAAAAAAGAACUUGCACUAUAAUUUUUUCUUUUCCUUCUUUUAAUUUACAGCGAUGCACUACACUCUUUAGAUAAUAUCACAUUUUAUUUAUUACAGACUCUGAAUGACCAUGGUUACCGAUGCCUUGGGAAUGAAAAAAAAUGCAAUCAUCAUUCUGUUUUCAGCCGUUUUUAUUUUACUAUUUUAUGUUUGAUAAACUUGAAAAUAACUUUUUACUGUAUAUGAUUCUAUAUCUUUAUAAAUAUAUAUAUAUAUUUACGCAAAUAUAUAUAUAUAUAAUGUCAAUGUAUAAAAGAUUUUCUUUUCGAUAUUUAUUACUGUGAACAUGGUAUUUACACUUUGUUACAUCUUUUUUUUUUUUCCAUUUUGGGACAAAGGUUAAUGUAUUAAGGACCAUUGGUUGAAAACAAGAUGCCGAAUCUUUGAUGGACUGUUUCACUAUUUAAUUUUUUCUAUAUGGAGAAAUAAAAAUUUGAUUUAUUGCUGACAUCUUUAA